AUGCCUUGGCCAGAGGCUAUCACUGAAAUACUCGCAAUUCUCCGAGCAUCUACCCAGCCCGGAUCUUAUCCAAUUCAACUCCCUCGGACUCUCCUUAUCCUCCUACAGGUCAUCAAAGCACUCUCCACUGGCCGGUUAGAGAAAACGCGAAGAGGACUGCAGUCAGUGGCUCCAGAAUUAUUCCACGUCGUUGCAAACAUAUACGUCGAAAAGGUACAGAAAUGGGGAACCUUUCUGGAGUCAGGCGGGGACGAUGAAGGUGGUGCCUUGGAAGCCGUUGAGCAAAGCCUAAUGGCUCUCAAGGUCAUUCGACGACUAAUAGUUUCUGGCUUUGAAUACCCAAACAGAGAGUCGGAUGUUCAAGGAUUUUGGGCACUCUCGCUAACCCAUCUUAGUAACUUCUACUCUUUACUACAGAGACAGCCAUCAACUUUGCCUCCAGCGGUUGAAAAGCUGAUUUCAAAGCAUGUCCUCCAGCUCUCUAAGCUACAUCUGGAAAUGGCCAGGUCCCAUCCAGCCGCAUUUGGACUGUUUCCCCAGUCUGUUGAUAUGGUCAAAUCUUACUGGGGGUUGGUAGUUGAGCUAGGCAAAACGUACGGCUCGACUGAUCUAUCCAAAAUGAAGGCUGGGACGGACGGCGAUGCAGAUGAAGACGAGCAGCCAUUCUUAGAGAAGCUCUGCCUCAAGGCCCUAUUGCUUCUCCGUGCCUGUGCAAAGCUUGCAUUCUACCCCACAAACACCUUCAAAUACCAAAAACAGCAAUUCAAAGAAGAGAAGAGCCAAUGCGUGAGCAUCAUAAAGUCCGAGAUUUUCAAUGAAGAGUUUGUGGUCCAAGUCAUGGAACUUCUGGUUACCCGCUUUUUCGUGUUCAGAGCUAGUGAUCUCCGAGAGUGGGAGGAAGAGCCCGAGGAAUGGGAGAAGCGAGAGGAGGAAGAGAUCGAGGCCUGGGAGUUUUCGAUCCGUUCAUGCGCAGAGAAACUAUUCCUUGACCUUGUGAUAAAUUUUAAAGAGCUGCUUAUACCGAAGUUGCUAAAUGUCUUCUACUCUUAUGCUAAUCCAGAGAACAAAGAUAUUUUACUGAAAGACUCGCUGUAUUCCGCCGUUGGCCUUGCAGCUGCAUGUUUAGAAAAGCGCCUCGAUUUCAACUCCUUUUUGACCUCUACCCUUGUACCGGAAAUCCAGAUUCAGGGCCCCGGAUACAACAUCCUUCGUCGCAGAAUAUCUGUUAUUCUAGGCCAAUGGGUUCCUGUGAAGCCAAGCGAAGUAGAUAAAACAUCUGUCUACGGUAUCUUCCAACAUCUCCUGAAUAAAGACGACCCGAUAAACGAUCAAGUUGUUCGCGUGACUGCUGGCCGGCGACUAAGACAGGUUCUUGAUCCCUUUGAGUUCUCCGCAGAACAAUUCCAGCCCUUCUCAACGCCUAUUCUGCAGAGCCUUUUGGAACUGAUCCAGGAGGUUACUCUUGUUGAGACCAAGAUGGCGCUACUUGAGACGGUUAGGGUUGCAGUAGUUAAGAUGGAACAUCACAUAUCACCUUUUGCAGACCAAAUUGUAUCCCUACUACCGGGACUGUGGGAGCAAUCCGGCGAGGAACACUUGAUGAAGCAGGCGAUAUUAACUCUUCUUUCUUCUCUAAUCCACUCAAUGAGGGAGGACUCAACAAGAUAUCAUUCUAUGAUACUACCCCUUAUCCAAAAGUCCAUCGAACCUGGUUCGGAAACCCUCAUCUAUCUCCUCGAAGAAUCCCUAGAUCUCUGGUCUGCCGUCCUAUCAGAAACCCCAAGCCCAGCAUCCCCCGAAGUCCUCGCCUUGUUCCCAUCGGUAUUUCCCAUUUUCGCUAUCGGCAGUGACGUAGUCCGACAAGCCCUAGAAGUCACAGAAUCCUACAUCCUGCUCGCACCCCGGGAAUUUCUCGACGAGAACAUCCGCUUCCGCCUCCUAGAUAUCUUCAGCAACCUCCUCAACCCUGACGUUAAGCCCCGUAUCGGCCUAGUACCCCACCUGGCGGAACUGCUAGUGCGCACGGGUGAGUCUGCCACGGAAGAAAACAGCGAUCAUAUCUACGGCGCCAUUGCCAAGUCUCUUCUAGGCAGUGGCUUUAUGGAAACGCUUCUAUCCGCCCUCUAUGGGGCGUACGAGUCACGCGGGUCAACGGGUCCCAACAGGAAGCAAGCCACCAUCUACGGCGUGGCGGAAACCGAUCACUUCUCUGUCCUUGCACGGCUUGCGCUAGCUUCUCCCCGCAAUUGCAUAUCAGCAGUAACGUCUGCGGUCAAAACCUCGUCCGAGGAACAGACAUUCACCUGGAUUCUGAACGAAUGGUUCGCCCACUUCGAUAGUAUCGGAGACAUCAAUAAGAAGAAAUUACACACGAUGGCACUAACGCAUUUACUUACCGUCAACGGCCCUUCCUCCCCCGCUCCAACAUAUCUUCUUAAUAACCUACAAUCCUACCUAACCGUCUGGACAGACGUGAUCACCGAGUUAUCAGAUGGCCCGGAAGUGAGUCCUGGCGAUGCCAGACAUGGGGAUUAUCUGAUUUUCGGCCCCAACGAGGGCGAGGGCGAGAAGUAUCAGGAUACCGAAACUCCUGAGACAACACGUCGGCGGGCUUGGAGUACCUCGGAUGUAAUUCAUAAGAUCAAUAUCCGAGAAUUCGUUGGGCAGCAUCUUCAUGCUUUGGUUCAGGUUUGUGGAGGGACGGAUCGGUUUAGGGAUGAAUGGUUGGUUAACGUUGACAGGGAGGUUGUUAAUGGAUUUGGCCAGCUGGGGAUUAUGUAG